GGAGGCAUGAACACACUGAAGCAAUAGCGGAGUAGUCUCUGGAUUUUAUUAUCUGAAGCCUGAAGUCCGUUGUUUUCUCUGGACGGUGAAGGGAACAGUUCUUCAGUUUCACCAGUUUUCCCUAGCAUUGUCUCACCCAGUUCUCACACACUUCUGAAGCAUCAAAUUCAUUCCCGUUGCGUCUGAGUGGAACGCUACAUAUCGCAAGCAGUGGUUUUGGAGGGGUUGUAUUUUGAGCUGAUGAAAACAGAGGAAAAGAGGAGACAGAGGAAAAACAUCCGUUUAACCUGAUUCAGGCAGCAUACUGGAAUACUCAUGGGGCACGGAGAAGCUUCAGCGAGAGGCACAUCCAUGGAGGGUGACUGUCUAAGCUGUAUCAAGUACCUGAUGUUUGUUUUUAACUUCCUUAUCUUCCUUGGUGGCUCUUUCCUCCUGGGUGUGGGGGUGUGGGUGCUUGUGGACCCCACUGGAUUCAGGGAGAUUGUGGCAGCCAACCCCCUCCUCUUCACCGGGGUCUACAUCAUUCUAGCCAUGGGAGGCAUGCUGUUCCUACUUGGCUUCCUGGGAUGCUGUGGAGCCAUCCGGGAAAAUAAGUGUCUUCUGCUCUUUUUCUUCAUGCUCAUCCUAAUCAUUUUCCUUGCGGAGCUGGCUGCUGCCAUUUUGGCCUUCAUUUUCCGAGAGCACCUGACCAGAGAAUACUUUACUAAGGAACUGAAGAAGCACUACCAGGGCUAUAACAACACCGAUGUCUUUACCUCCACAUGGAACGCCAUCAUGAACACAUUUGACUGUUGUGGGGUGAACAGCCCUGAGGAUUUUGAGGGGAGCAACUUCAAGGUCAUCAACCCUAAGGACGUAGUGCCCCUGGCUUGUUGCCGUAGGAAUAUUCACCCUGGAGACGUGGCCUAUAUCAGCAAGGAAGAAUGCCUCAAGGGGAAUAUGCAGUUCCGCAACAACAAGGGCUGUUACUCUGCAGUAGUGGACUACUUUGAGAUGUACAUUUAUGUGGCUGGAGCCUUGGCCAUUGUGGUACUCACUAUUGAGCUCUUUGCCAUGGUCUUCGCUAUGUGCCUCUUCAGGGGGAUCCAGUAAACCCAACACUCCAGAGGACUUUUUUUUUUCUAAAGGGAAAUCACCAAAUGAUGAGACAAGAAAAAGCUUAUUUGAUUGGAAAAAGAAAUUUUGAGAAGGAAAAAGAAAAAAAUUUUGUUCCACUUUAUAUCUGCAAAAUUGAUGAACUGUCCAUGAUUAAAUGACCUGUACUUCACAGCUGGACCUUUGGGGUACUAGGUGGUAGACACAAAAACACAGGUUUAACAAAAAUAAAUAAGUAA